AUGGAAUGCUUUGUACCUUUAAACGAUGAUAUAGAUGCAAAAGAUUUACAAGGUAUUAAAGAUUCUCACCAAUUACGUCAAUUUAUUUUAUUUGAUGAGAAUUUAAAGUUAUUUAUACACUGGCCAAUUACAAAAGAGCGUAUUCUUGUCUUACAAAGUUUUAAAAUUUGGAUAAAUGAUACAAAAAUUCUAGAAUCAAAUGAUUUGUCAUAUUUUGAUAAGAUGGAGAAUCCUGGUAAGGAAAAGGGAAAUGAAAAUUACUUCCUAUACCAGUUAAAACAAAAUAUUUGUAAAGAUUUAAUAUUCAGAUCUAGUGUCGUGAUGAAUAAUGGUUAUAAUAACUUAAUUAAAAUACAGUUUAAUUACAAUUAUAGAAAUUCAACAGAUAGUAAAAAAUCAAAACUAAAUAAUAAUAAAAAUGAAAUUGAAGAAGAAGAAGAGGAAGAUGAUAAUGAUGAAGAUGAAGAUGAAGAUGAAGAUGAAAAUAAAGAUGAAGAUGAUGAACAAGAUUAUUUACCUAGCUUUGAACCGGUAAAUUUAUGGAACGAUAACAGGCAUAAACACAAUCCUCGAACUGAUAAUGGAUCUAGACAGUACCUGUUCAGUUCAACUUCAUUAUCUCAUAUACCACCUCAAACACCUUCUGAUAUAUCUAACCCUGAUUUAAAUGAAGAUUUUGUAAAUUUCACAUCAAGCUAUCUAAAUAUUGAAUUUCCAAUAUAUUCAUUAUUGAGUAUGAGAUUAAGAAAUAAUUCUAUCAAAUCGUUAUUGUGCAUUUAUUCAUCGUUAGAUUUUCAAAUCUCAAAGUCAGCUUUACAAUUAAAUGAAGAAUUCUUGAACUCUGAAGAAUUUAAACUAAUUUUUAAUAAGUUAGAUUACCAAUUAUUAGAUAACUCCAAUACAUCGACGCCUUCGCACAUCACUAUCAAUCCAAUUUGUCCACUAUCUUUACCAUUUGAAGUAUCUGAAAAUGAUAGUUUUAGUUUAGGCUAUAAGUUACCCUUAUUUACAUCAUCUUCUACUAUACCAUUGUCUCAACCUCCAUUAUCAUAUUCUAAUCUUAAUAUAAGCAAUUUACCAUCCAACAAUGUCACGUCAACGAGUAACCAAUUAAACUCUCAACAUCGAAUCCGUGUAACUCUAAACUAUUCAUUCGUUUCAGCUUCGUUACCUAACACUUUGAUACCGAUUUCUACAUGCUGGGAAACUGAUGUGACCUUAAAAAGAAACACAACUUCAUCUAAUAGAUUCCGUACCUUAUCACAAACCUCAUCAUUAAUUUAUUCGGUCCCUAAAUUUGGAAAUUUGCCAAUAACAAAUUCAUCAACUUCAUUGCUUCAAAAUUCUUCAAUGAAUAACGCCUCCAAUAAUAAUUUAAAUAGAUUCCUAAACGUGAAGUUCAAAUUUUUAAAUAAUAAUAUCAAGGUGACAAAAGGCAAGAGAUUCAUUUUAAGAUUACAAAUCAUAAACCUUUCAAAUUCUGCAUUAGAUCUAGUUAUUUACUAUAACAAUAAUACUAAUAACCAACUAACUAACGGCAUAUCCUCACCCAUUAAUGCAAAUGGUUCAAUCAAUAAGCCAUUAUCAUUAGACAAACAAUAUCAAUUCCAUAAAAAAUUUUCAAAUUUAAUAGAAGGAAUAAUUCUGAAAUCAAAUGAUUUUAAAUUGCCACUCAUCAAUUCCAAUGAAUCGUAUUUUGUUGAUUUGAAUUUUAUUGGAAUUAUUUCUGGUUAUUAUUCAUCGUUGAAUGGACUGAAAGUACUAGACUUACAAUCUAAUGAGAUGUUUGAAAUCGGUAAUAAUGUUAGCGUGUUAGUUCAAUAG